UCGGGUCCAGCAGAAUUUGUAACAUGACGGUGACUUCUGUCUCGUUGUCUGACCCCUAAAUGACCAUCGACUGGUCAUUAGUGUUUCCAUUCUUCUCUCGUCCAGACUUCUGCACCCAACGUUCUCAAGCUUGAAAGUCGAUUCACAAGUGUCUUCGCAGGAGUUAUAACACACAAUUUUUCUCAUUUGAACCUGCGUGAGAGUUUUAGCCCAGAUCAACUCGCAAGGGAUUAUGUUGCUCCCUUCUGAGCUGUUGCAGAUUGCUGAUGCAGAGAUAUACAUCAUCCUCUGAAUUUUUUGUUGCGAUGGUACUCGAAACGGAAGAGAGUAGAACUGGAGAUCCAUGGGAUACUUUACCUAUCGAAUAUCUGAUCAAAGUUCUCAGAGAUCAUGGUCUGCCAGUUUCCACACUUGCAGCAUGUCGUUCAGUCUGUAAAAAGUGGAUGGAAAUCGUUGAUGGUCCUGAUUUACGGAACAAAAUGUGGAAUAAACAUGUCAUUGUCUAUUGUGAUCCUUUUACUGACGGCGCGGCCUUCUUUUGCUCCAGUGAUCAAUGGAUCACAAGGAAUAUUACAUUUGAUACCAAUUGGCUAAUCGCUGCUGAUGGAGGCCUCCUGUGUUUUAAUAAACCUUUUUCAACAGAAUAUGUUCUGUAUAACCCAAUUCCUGAUAAAUUCCUGACCCUGAACGUACCUUAUGAAAUUGAUGCAAUACCUGCGAUCAUUGAUGGUAUGUUCAAACGUAUAGUGGUGGGUUUAGUUGUGGACCGAUAUACGAAACACUUCAAGCUGGUUUUGGGAGGAGGUCUAUUCCCAGAUGAGCGCAGAUCUUUGAUUUACGACUCGACUGCCCGCACAUGGUCGUGGCUUCAUCAUCCGUUUCCUGCUAACUUGGAACUGGGGUGGCAAGGAGAGAAAUGUGUAUCAUGUGGUGGAUGUCUGUAUUGGCUCGUAUGGAAUCAUAGGGACCAGAUGAAGGCUCUCUUAAUAUUUGAUCUGCAAGAGGAGAAGUGGAAGGCCUUGUUAGAGAAUUUCGAGAAGGACAAGCCAGGCUCCCUUCAGAUUGCUGCAUAUGAAGGACAUGUGUGCUUACUUGCCAUGGAUUGGUUUCGUCUCGACGGGCUGUUCGAUCGCAGGAGCUAUGGUGGCGCAUUUCUCCGGGAUCCAAUGGUUCGGGCAAUGGAUGGAGCUUUGAUCGGGAGAACUCGAGAACUAUGGGAAGGGGAAGGCAAAGCUUUCCACCUUUAUGCCGCAGGAGGCAGUGAUGCCUUCUUCGUCUACGAUGAACAAUAUGAUGAACUCGGGGUGGCGAAAUACUCAGCUCGAUUCGACUUUCUGUUUUUUCUUCCCGACCCUCCUUUUCGCGAUGUCCAUGACUUCUGUUUCCAUAGAAUUCCGCAACACCUCCAGGACCCAUGGUGUGCAAUAAUUCCAACGCCCGGAGUCAUUGCAGAGCAUGAGUGGAAAACACAGCCCAGGAGAGUGCCCCAAGAGGAGGUGCUGGAAGCUCCGAGAGGAGAGGCUGCGCCUGAAGCUCAAGCAGGAGGAGAGGAGGUGUCGGAAGGCUCAGGAAACGAGGAGGCAGUGGAAUUCCCGGGAGAAGAAGGGCAGCUUUAGGAGCUCCAAGAAAGAUCAUUCUCUUAAUCAGAAUUUUAUCAUUGUCUGAAACUAUCGAUAGCCAGGAUUGUUCGAAUCUUGAGGAAACUGGAGGCUUUGAAAAGAUUCUCCUCUGCUUGCGUUAUCAUGGUCUUCAACUGUGCAAGUAGUCCUCUACUUGAAGGAAGUUGACUCAUAAACUCAUGACUGGAUGCAUCCUCAAUUGUUGUACGAUAAAGCUCGCUUGUGUCAAAUAUACUGUGACUUUGACUUUCAGACCAGGCCUGCUUGGCAUGUUCUUUGAGACCUUUGGGCUCAAAGACCUGCGCGCUCGUCAUGGUAGCAGUCGCCGAGCUGCCUGUAGGUCGUCCUCCAUAACGAACAAAAUUGGCAUGUUCUUUGAGACCUUUGGGCUCAAAGAACAUGGUCUGCAUGGUCGUUGAGUUUCACUAUGAUCGACUUGAUAUUGCUUCCAAGCGUCGUGAAUCGUUGGCUUUGUGUUUGUUGCUUGCCUAUGCCUGCAGCUGCAGGACACUUGUU